UACAAUCAGAUCUUGUUUUUCCAAGUAUCCAUUGGUUUGGAAUUUCCAUAAUACAAACAUAUAGUAUAUAACGGAUACAUUUGCAAAACAGACCCGUGUUCCUCUCGAGGCUGUCAACAUAUGUGUGUGAACACUCCUACGGGCCCCACGUGUCUCUGUGCUGAAGGUUUCCAACUCUUCACAGACAACUUGACGUGCAUAGGCCGAUCCAGGUUACACGAGAAACGUUUUAUCGUGAACAAUGAAACAUUGUUUUCUAUGUUGGAAAUUAGUUCUUUUAAUGGGGGAGGAGGCUUUUAUCCAUCGACACAGGUCCCGUAUAUUAUUGAAUCAUUUACGGUGGACGCCAACUUAGAUCUUAUCUACUUUGUGGACGGACUUGAUAACACUUUAAAGGAAUUUAACAUCCUCACUACGCAACUUAGAAAGUUAUCAUACAUUCCUUAUGCUAAAGCCCUUAUAUUUGACUGGAUUGCUAAUCUUCUUGGCUGGAUCGAACCUACGCAGUCCAAUAUUCGUGCAUUUUCUAUUACUUCUGGUAAAAUGUCAACAAUUUAUUCCGGUCUUCAAGAACCAUCAUCUCUAACAGUGGACGCCCACAAUAGCUACCUCUUCUGGAUUUCUGGAUCAUCAGAGAAGUCGAUAAUGCGAGGGACAUGGAACAAGGAUUCUCCCCAAGUUAUUUUGUCAUCUGCAACUCUAAACAACCCCAGUUCUCUCUAUUAUGACGUCACAAGUAACAGGAUAUACUGGCUCGAAGACCGACAUAUUGCGAGUUCAAUGACCAAUGGAUUUGACGCCCAAUACCAUCUCACCACAAAUGGUGCAACGCAGGCAUUGGUAUAUAAGGGUUUCUUUGUUUGGAUAAAUGGAAACAAAAUGUACGUUGCAAGAAAGGAUACGAUGCAUGAAGAAUAUUCUGUGGAUAUCGUAGAAAACUCAAAGGGAGUGGCCAUUUUUGACCCGUCAUUGCAACAAGAUAGAAGAGGUACCUGUCAUAUACUGAACGGUGGUUGUGAAGAUAUAUGUGUGCCGACACAGAGAGGUCGAAGAUGUGAAUGUGAUUUGGGGCUGGAGAUUAAAUCAGAUAACACGACUUGUGACAGUGUUGUUUUUUCCACGAAUUUCAUUGUCGUUGAGGAUAUGAUACAUAGGCGAUUCCUCCAGGUCGACAUUGAUACAGGACAUCUAGUCAAAUUACCAAUCUAUCCAACAAUAUCUUUUGGAAUAAUGUUCGAUAAAUCAAGAAUGGAACUCCUUUAUUGCGAAUUAUCUACCAAUGCCAUAAUGUCUACCACACUGGAUGGAAAGAAUUCAGCUUUAGUCUACGCAACAGGAGGACCUGCUUAUCCUAUUGCGAUUGCGAUUGACUACUCAACGGGAAAUAUUUACUACACUGCCGACAGCAUGUACCCGAACCAGGGUUAUGUUGGAGUGGUACAUAGAAUUAAUUUGCUCCAUAAGACUUUGUUUUCUAACUUGUACCAUCCUAGGGACAUCGUGGUAUAUCCGUCAAAAGGACUUUACUGGACUGACCAGAGAUACGAUCGCAUUGAGUACUCCGAUCUGAAUGGUGGAAACAGACGAAUUCUGACGACGGAUGAUUACGCAGAUUUAAUGGAUAUUGUGAUACAUGGCCAAUAUUUGUAUUACACCGCAUAUACUCGACAACGCAUUACUAAGAUGGACAAAGCAACAGGUUUAAAAGUUACCUUUAUGUCGAAACAUCCAGAGAUAAGCAGCUUAUGGGAUCUAGCGAUAUAUGCAGAUGAUGUAGUGGACGUGAGCACGUAUUGUUCCACGUUGAACGGCAACUGCAGCACGUUCUGCUUUCCUACACCAUCAGGGAGAACGUGUGGAUGUCAGGACAAUGUAGAUCUACAAUCAGACCAUACCACGUGUCAAGGAGUAACCCGCUGCAACACGUCCCAGCAGAAUGUGAACGUACUCAAUUGUUCUCCAUACUCUGGACAGACGUGUGAAAUUGAAUGUAAGGCUGGGUGGAAACUUGCUGUCAAUAUGUCUAUCACAUGUGGACCGUCUGGUCAGUGGUCUCCUCCUACCGCUGAUUUGUGCACAGAAAUAUUCUGCCCUCCGUCCGUUGAUAACGUCAUGUUAUCCUCAAGUUGUGGAAGAAAGGUGGGUGAAGCCUGUAAGUUCUCCUGUACAGAAGGUAAUACCUCCUCUACGUCACAGCACUUAGUUUGUAACGAUGACGGCACAUGGAACCAGAAUAUGAGCGAUUUAUGUACACGUUUGCGUUGUUCCAAGAUCGAACAAAACGGACGUCUUGUCGAUUGUGAGUCAAAUGCCGGUGAUACAUGUAGAUAUGAGUGCAACAGUCGUCUGGAAACCAAUCCCUCUAUUCCAAAUAUCACUUGCGGCACAAAUGGCGAUUGGAGUCAUAAUAUCAAUGAUUUAUGUGUGCUAUUAUGUCCAUCAACAAUCCCAAACGGAGAGCUUGCACAAUGUUGCCAGAGAAGAGUUGGAAAUAGCUGCACAUUUACCUGUAGCGGUAGUCACAGACCGUCCACUUCUCGAAACAUUGUUUGUACCUCAGACGGUACUUGGAGCGAAAACAUCAAUCUAUUAUGCAAACAAAUAGCAUGUCCAUUGGAAUUAAAGAACGGAAAUAUAUCCUCUUUAUGCCGGGGACGUACUGGAGAAAAAUGUGACGUAAUAUGUCACAAGGGAUACACAGCAAGCUAUUCAGAGAUAGUUUGUACAUUAUCGGGGGCUUGGAACAGGAAUAGUGAUGAUGUUUGUGUAAAAAUUUCUGAGGAGAAAGGCAUUACCGUUAUUGGAGUUGGGUCAUCAAUUGCAGUCAUUGUGAUUGUCACUGCGAUUGUAGUUAGUGUUUGUUUCGUCAGGCGAAGAAAACCACAGGGAAAUGAAUCCGAAGAAGCAACUGUAGAAGAUCCAAUUUCAACAUUAAAUGGCGGGUAUUUAACUGGGCUGGAAAAUUCAUCCCUCCGGGACAGGCUGGUUCCUAAUGUGUACAGCAGUGUAAAUGAAUUGCACGUCACAGAAUACGAAGAAAUGGCCAUUGAAACAACAAGCAUUGGGUGUACCCUGAGAGGGCGGUGUGCCACAGGUUGGGAUGGCGGUGAAGUCCUCCCUGCAAGGAAAAUCGCUGGUCCUGUAGGUGAUGGUGGUACCCCAGGGGUCAAUGGUAUCGGUGGCGAAGGUUGUGGUGUAUCCGGGACACAUUCUAUGAUGUGCUCACAGCCAGAUUCACUGGUGGUUCUGGGUGCGGUUACCUUAUUGAAUCCAUUACUCGCGACGCUAAAUGGCACCGAGAAUUGCUCUGGCAUCGGUGGUGAUAGUGAUGGUGCCGUUGGCGUCACGGGUGAUGACAGUACUGGCGUCGCCGGGAAUUUCAUUGAAGGCAUUCCUAGAGACAAGGGUCUCAUUAUCGGAACGUACACACCUUUGAAGCUACUUACCUUCACAGAAAUACCCAGCGCUCUGGCGAGUCAUUAUCGCAACAUUUCUACGCCUUUAAAUUCAACAUUCCAGAUAACCAGCAUUACAUCUGAUCCAUAUGAAAAUACCCUUUUUACAAUCAUUGGGAACUCAAUUUACGCAUUCUCAAACUUCAGCAUUUGGCAGAAUCAAAAAAGGAGUUCACGCAUAUACAAAGGAAAGAGUUACUCUUGGGGACAGAUCGCAUCUGAUUAUGUUUCAAAGAAUUUGUAUUGGUGUGACUUCUUCUAUCGAUGGAUUGUAAUGAAACCAGCUUACACUAGCAAUAACACCAUAUAUAGAGUCGUUAUUGACAAAGACUUGGAGCAUCCAGAUGGAAUAGCCUUAGAUCCUGAAGAUGGAUUGAUGUUCUUUUCCGACUAUGGUGGUCGUCAUCCCCGCAUUGAACGAGCCUCUUUAGAUGGGAACGACAGGGUCGUGAUAGUGCAAACGGGUUUGAUACGAGCGGUGGCUCUCUCUGUCGACACUGUCAAUAACAUUCUCUAUUGGUCAGAUUAUGGUAGACAUACACUAGAAGCCUGUAACUACGAUGGAUCAAGUAGGCGGGUUGUAAAAAGAAUCAACGAUACUGACGUGACUGGAAUACAUUACUAUCAGAAUAUCCCACAGCCAACCUUUUCCUACUCUCACUGUUAA